AAUGGAAGUCAGGCAGCCAAUAAUAAAUCGCAUUCAAAUGGACUUCGUUGGGUUCAUACAUCCAACGGCUUCAUAGUUUAAAGACCACAAUUAAUCAGUUUGCUUGUUCUGCAGCCUAGCUUUGUUUUCUGCUGAUUAUUGUAAAUUAAGAAUUAUUAAUCACCUGAUUCUGUUAGUACAGGCACAAAUAACGCUGUCACCCGCAGGACUUGAACUGAAAUUGGGAUUCAAGUUUUUAAGUUACAAAACAUAGUAAACUCGUAUUUUCUUCCUUUAUUAUAAGGUUAUAUAAUCACACGUGCUUGAUAUAUUUUUAUUCUGGUGUUUUCACAAAUAUUGUUUCUGCUGGAUAGGUUAUGGGUUGGAUGCUGAUAUACUAGUAAAAGAGUUGAUUUAGAUAAGAAAGAAAUUACAGUACUCUACAAACAGGCAAUUCUUGCAAGUUAAAACAUGUUGAUCAGUUCAUAUGCAUAUGAUCCAUAAUUCAAUAUACCAUUCAAUAUCUAUGGCUUGGUUCAAGAGAAAGUGUUGUGAAAUUUACACUCCAAUACCUCCAUACAUGCAAAAAUAUGAUGUGCCAUGAAUCUUCCUUACAUUACUAUCAUUUUUUAAAAAAAAAAUCCUUGGAAUAUGCACAAGAAUAUAAUCUAUUUGAAUAUAUGCCUUCGUCACAUCCAAUCAAACUCUUCCUGGCAGGAGGCCACAAGACAAUGCAGGUAAAACACUGACUCACCAUUAAUCUCCUUGUUGAUACACUAUCUGAUUAGCUUUUCAUCCAGAUAUUCCUCAUCAUAUUCUCCUAGGCUCUAGGCUCAGACAAAUGCUUCCAAUGCAGCACUGGACUUUGGUGACUCCUUGUUUGGACUAUAUAUAUUCAACCAAUCUCUAAUUAAUAAUUUUAUCCUCUCAUUAAACACCUUAUAAAUACCUGUUUUGUAACAUGAAUGAAUCUUCUUAAUCACCACCAUGAGAAGAUCAUUGUCAGUGUAGCAUUUCAGGAGAAAGUAAAGUGCAUUAUUAACAUUGCUGAGAGAUUAACCGAGAGAUAUGGCUGAGAACAUGGUGAUGGUGAGUAGUAGUGAUGAAAAUCACAAUCAAGUGGCCAUCGACUUGUGCUCGGCGUCGCCGGUUGACCGGAGCCUCUCCGCCGCCGCCGGCGGCAGCACCACCCCGAGAUCACCGGGCUUCUCCAUGGUGGUGGUGCCGGUCGAGUCGCCGGAGAAGACGACUGGCAAACCUCAGACUGACGAUCAUGAUCAGCAGCAAGGGCGUGCCAAAGAGGUGCCACUUGUCAAGAAGGCUGCGGCGGAGUUCAUCGGCACGUUCAUCCUGGUCUUCACGGUGCUGUCCACCGUCGUGAUGGACGCGCGGCACGGCGGCGCCGAGACCCUCGUCGGCGUGGCGGCGUCGGCGGGGCUGGCCGUCGUCGCCGUCGUCCUCUCCGUGGUGCACAUCUCGGGCUCCCACCUCAACCCGGCGGUGAGCCUCGCCAUGGCCGCGCUCGGCCACCUCCCGCCGGCCCACCUCCUCCCCUACGCGGCGGUGCAGACGGCGGCCUCCCUCGCCGCCGCGUUCCUCGCCAAGGGCGUGUACCGGCCGGCGCGGCCGGCCGUCAUGGCGACCGUGCCGGCCGCCGGCGUCGGCGCCGGCGAGGCGUUCGUCGUCGAGGUGGCGCUCACCUUCGUGCUCGUGUUCGUCAUCACCGCCGUCGCCACUGACCCGAGCUCGGCAAGUGCUCAAUCUUUAAUAUUUUUCAUCUUUUACCGUGCAAUUGAAGAGAAUUUUGGUCGGAUAAUUUCAAAUUUGGAGAUAUUUGGAAUUUACUCUAUUUGAGUAAAUUGCGCUUUGCACCAGGUAAAGUGCAUCUAGUUUCACUGUAUGAAACAAAUCGAAAUUUUAUCAAAUUUUAUAAAAUAUGGAUGAAACUGUAUGAAACGCGGUCUAAAUUAAAAAAAAUCACAAGUUUCUCUCAUGGUUUAUAAGAUUUUUCAAUAGUUAUAUGACACAAUCUUGUGCAAAAUGGAAAUUAUUUUGAUAUACUUGGUGCAAAGUGAAAAUCUAUAUUACUAAAGCUAAACGGGUGAUUGAAUCGUACUCACAUUGGGAGGGAGAACCGGAGAUGUUCUAGAGAAUACGGGAAAAAAAAAACUUCAGGUGGGCACACACCUAGCCCUGACACCCCAUUCGCGUGCGCCUGUCCAUGGCAUCGCUAACCACAAGCGGGUCCAGCUGAAGCCCAGGAGCCCCGAUAGCCACCUGGGCCUUUUGACCAUAGCUAGGUUUGCUAGCAACCUAGCUUACGCACACGCAUGCAUAUAUGCAAUAUAUGAGAAAGAAAUAAUGAACUGAAAAACAGAAAUCUUAAGUGGGAGUUAAAAAAUUAGCACACGCCCCAGUUAACACCCUUCCAAAUUUUGUGCUUUACAAGGAAUGUCUUUUAUUCCCUUUGAGAGCAAUAUUUGACAUCUCCUAUUCUAAUAGAGAACUGCUACAUAUACCAUGAAACCUCUUACGAUCAACGUAUGAUGCAUGUGGCAAAUGUGGGGCCCAGCAUGUUUCCAUAGCCCAAUCAUACGCAUGCAAGACAUGAUCGUAAAAAAAUCGUACCUAUUCUAUCGUAUGCAUAGCAAUUUCCAUUCUAAUAUUAUUGUCAUCCAUUCAUUAUUGUUUUCUCCGUAUUUAAAUAUAUGACAUUGCUAAGAUAUGGGCAUAAUAUUAAACAAUCCGGCACUAAAGAAAAACUAUAAAUACUUUAUUCUUAAAUAUUCUAUAUGCGACCACACAUAAAAGACUAUUAAGUACUUCUUCCGUUUCACGAUGUAAGUCAUUACAUUGUGAAACGGAGGGAGUAGUAUAUACAGGCUAUAAAAUAGAAAGCGUGUCAGGCACGCUAACUUUCUAGUAUAUAUUAAACCUGGUGCAAAAUGAAACAAGAAUACAUUCUACCCGGUGUAAAGUGGAAUUUACUCAAUUUUGUUUGAAUUUGUGCAGAGCAAGGAGCUGGUGGCCAUUGCGAUUGCUGCAGCGAUCAUGAUGAACGCUCUCGUCGGAGGGCCGUCGACGGGGCCGUCGAUGAACCCGGCGAGGACGAUCGGGGCGGCGGUGGCGACGGGCGAGUACAGGCAAAUGUGGAUCUACCUCGUCGCGCCGCCGCUCGGCGCCAUCGCCGGAGCAGCCACUUACACUCUCAUCAAGCCCUAAUCUCAUCUUAAUUUCUUCUCAUUUCUUCUUGUAGAUGGUGGUGAAUGUGUUCUUGUGUAGUAUUAAUAUUAAAUUAGUUGUAUUUUUUCGAUUGAUUCUAGUAUUAUGAAUGGUUGGAUUCUUACAUUUCAGCAUAACAUUGAUGAGCUAGUUAGUGGUGAUAUGAUAAUUACAUGCAUAACCAAUCUCAUAAUGCAUGCAUUUAUAAUC